UACAGAGGAGGUCAGAGCAAGGCAAUUCAGUGGCGAGGUGGUAGUCGGAUUCAUAAAGCCACUCACUCGAACAGAAUGGUCAGCAGAUUUGUGGUCGUGUUCAUAGGCUGCCAAAUGGCAUGGCCCUUUCUUCAAGAAACAGGAGCCUGGGCACAGAACGCUGCGAGCACAACUGGCGGAACACAGCAGCAAGUCACGCACAACGUGACCUCCGUCUCCUGCGAUUUCGACGACCACAACGACCCCUUCUGCGAAUGGAAGCAGCUGUGUGAGGGGGACGACGGCGAGUGGAUCCGGACCAGCGGGCCCACUCCAACCGCGAGGUCGGGGCCCAGCGGAGACCACACCACGGGAAACGGCUGCUACAUCUACCUGGAGGCUCACAACUUCAUCGAGACGCAGACGGUGCGGCUGCAGAGCCCCGCGGCGCGCUGGGCGCGCUCUGCGUGCCUGCGCUUCUGGUACCUCAUGAGGAGUGAGGACGCCGGCAUGGCCCUCAACGUCUACGCCAAGGCGGGCCCCGCCGAGUCGCUCGUGUGGUCCCGCCAGGGCCCCCAGGGAGAUGCCUGGAAGCGAGGAUCGGUGACCCUGCAGGCCGCGGUGGAGGCCACCUCGGACGGCCGCGUGGCUCUCAACCCUUCGACUUUGACGGAAACCGGGACGACAAAAACGGCCACGCAUUGGUCCGCCGCCGCCGCCGCCGCCGCAUCCCUUGCCCUGCAAUGA